CCGCUGGCUCGCAGCUUCGCGUCUUUUCGCUCCGUUUUCUGAUUUCUUGGUGAUUUUUUCCAGAACCCGGAGGACUCCUGGGUUCAGGAUGGGACCCGUAGAGCUGCUCCACAUGUCGGUUUUCUCCCAGAGCUUCUCUCCCUGCGGACGCUUCCUGGCUGCUGGAAACAACUACGGAGAGAUCGGCCUGUUCAGUCUGGCUGCAGCUCUGAGUCCGGACGCCACCGCAGCCAAUCAGAAGCCUGUCCUGACCUUCACAGCUCAUGAAGGUCCAGUUUUCAGUCUCCUGUCCACCGACAGCGUCCUCCUGAGUGCAGGGAAUGGCGAGAUCAGCGCCUGGAGCUGGACCGAACUCACCAAGAAGAACGCGAAGCUUCUGUGGACGAAGAGACCGAACUACAACAGGUCCGGUCUGGAGAUCCCAGAGAUCAACUGCAUGGUCCUCAACCCCCAAGACGACAGUCUGGUGGUCGGAGCCGGGGACAACAACAUCCACGUCCUGGACCUGGAGCAGGGAGUCUUUAAGGCUGUCCUGCAGGGCCACACAGACUACGUGCACUGCGUGUGCGUCCGGGAGCGGGAGGCGGAGCUUCUGUCAGGCGGUGAAGAUGGAGCUGUGAGGAUGUGGGACAGCAGGACGGGUCAGUGCGUUCACUGCAUCGAGAUCUACAAGUACGAGAGCUGCGCACGGCCUCAGUACGGGAAGUGGAUCAGCUGUGUGACCAUGGACUCUGACUGGAUGCUGUGUGGAGGAGGUCCUUCGAUGUCUCUGUGGCAUCUCCGCUCUCUGUCUCCGACCUCGGUGUUUCCUCUGAGCGGCUGUCAGCGGCAGGCCACCUUCCACCAGGACAUGAUUCUGGCGGUGGGGGAGGGUGCGUUCGUGUCCCACUGUCUGCUGGGCGGCAAAGUCAAAGCUCAGAUCCCAUGCACGCCAUCGAGACUCAACACGCUGCAAUUGAACAGCAACAGCUCCGAACACCGGGUGCUGACGGUGGGCGGCAGCAGCAGCCAGGUGGACGUGUUCACCAACCUGUCGUACCGAGCGUUCUCAUUUAGCUUCUAACGUUUUACACAAUAAAAGCUUUUUCUACAAA